AAUAUGGCAACAUUUUAAAAAGAAAGUGAAGUGAAAGAAAUGAAUUUACGAGAAUAGGUCGCAAGUCGCAUAGAUUUUUGGUUGAUUUCCUUUUCACUUUGCUUUCGUAUUCUCAGUCAGAUCUAAUAAACUAGAGUUAAUUUGUGUUUCCGGUUAUAUUUUGAUUCAACAUUCGCGGUGCCGCUCCACCGAAAACAGGAUAAGUACAAAGCUGAACAGCAUCUUAUUGAUUUUCUUCCCUUGCAUUGCAUAUGCUUUCGUUCAGCCCGAGUUGUUGUUAUAGUUAACGAAGAAUCUAUGAUCUAAUUGGAACACAUUUUAAUUUAUAAUAAGAGUCACGUAUCCAGUGACAUUUCACCUAAUUUGGUGUAAACAUAAUAAGUGAAAAUGAUGGCAAAUCCACUCGACACCGUGAACGCGAACCAACCCACGCAAAAUGGAAGCAAGGUGCAACCGGGCAACAACGAGUCUAAGACUAAUCUUAUAAUAAAUUAUUUGCCGCAAACCAUGACUCAGGAGGAGAUACGGUCAUUGUUCUCGAGCGUCGGCGAGGUGGAGAGUUGCAAGUUGAUCAGGGACAAAGUGACCGUGUUCCCUGACCACAUAUUGAACGGGCAGAGCCUCGGCUACGCCUUCGUCAACUACCACAAGGCGGAGGACGCUGAGAAGGCGGUCAACACGCUCAACGGGCUGCGGCUGCAGAACAAGAUCAUCAAGGUGUCUUACGCGAGGCCCAGUUCCGACGCGAUCAAAGGCGCCAACUUGUACGUGUCUGGCUUGCCGAAGCACAUGACGCAGCACGAGUUGGAGAAGCUCUUCAGUCCGUACGGAACCAUCAUCAGCUCGCGCAUCCUCCACGAGAACGUCAACGUGGGGCACCUGCUGCAGGUGACGCCCGAGGAGCCGAACAUGCAGGGGCCGUCGCGCGGCGUCGCGUUCAUCCGCUACGACCAACGCUGCGAGGCUGAGAAUGCAAUACGUGAGUUAAACGGCACCAUACCGCCUGGAGGUAAUAGUCCCAUAACAGUCAAAUGUGCAAAUAAUCCUAGCAACCAGAACAAGGUCCUGGCUCCGUUGGCUGCAUACUUGGCCCCGACAGCCACUCGCCGAAUCAUCGGCCCAGCUGGCAAGGCCCUGCUUGCUAUCAAUAAGGGUCUUCAAAGAUUCUCUCCUCUUGCUGAUCCUCUUAUACAAGGUAAUGCUUUAGGUGGUUCGGGGUGGUGCAUUUUCGUCUAUAAUAUUGGGUCUGAUACUGAAGAGAGUGUUCUUUGGCAACUCUUUGGCCCAUUUGGAGCCGUCCAGAGCGUCAAAAUCAUUAGAGAUCCCACUACCAACAAGUGCAAAGGCUAUGGUUUUGUUACAAUGACCAACUAUGAUGAGGCCGUUGUGGCGAUACAAUCCUUGAAUGGAUACUCACUGAAUGGCCAAGUCCUUCAGGUCAGCUUCAAAACAAACAAGAGUAAAUCUUAAGCCUAUUUGAAAAUCUAGUCAAUAAAUUGUAGCUAAUGGAAAAAUGUUGAUCAUUACGAGUCAUGGUUUGACAUCUCUGAAUAGUACUGAGUAGCAAUAUUGAAACAAUGUGAUGCAAAUCAUGACAUUAUGUCGUUCACAAUAAGUACAAAAAUGCCAUGAAACUGUAAUGAUGUUCCAUCACAGAAUUUAUUUAAUGUUACAGAUCCAAUAUACUCAUCAAUCAAUAAAUCUAUGCAUUCAGUUGAGAGCAACGCAUGUUGCUUUUUCCUCAAAUAAUCUUACAUAAUUUUCAUAUUGCAGUUUCACUUUUUCUCUCCCUAAGAUAGAUAAUAUCUAGAUAAUGAAUAACAAAGAAGAUCUGAAAAUAAGCAAUAAACUUGACUGUAUUGCCAAUUUAUACAUUUAAGAGCUAAUUGUCCCCAAGACUUGUAGCAUAAACCCCCCAUAAGACAUAACAUGUGUUAGACAAUUUUAUUUUGUGAUUCUAUCUUGGUAACAUACCAUGCUCUUAUUAAAUAUAAAUUCGCAUUUAAUAACUGCAGUACAAAUGAGAAUGGAAUCAGCAAGAAUACGCCAUUAGGAAUAAAACUCAAUUUGUAAGUUUGGUAAUAUGAUUUUAUAUAAAAAAAGAUUUCAUAAAACUGUAUAAGUAACUAUUACUGAAUACAUAAUAUAUUCAAUAACAAUUGACAGUGCAAUAUUUAAUAUUUUACUUUAAGUAAAAUGAUAUAAAAGAUAUAUGUAUAUUGAAACCAGUGCAAUUUGUAUCCAACAAUAUUAUAUUUUGUUUUUGAAAUGACAUUAAAAUAUUAUUAUAAACUGACUAAUUUGUGUAUGACCAAAGAUAUCAGAAACUAAACUGACUGAUAAGUGAAUUUUAUUUAAGAAAAUGACAUCUUCCAUAUGUGUUUAUCAAGUUUUGAUGUCCUCAAUCCAGAUUAUCUUAGAAUAAAUAUGUACUUGAAUAUUCAGACCAAUAGAAAAAUAGAAAGUCUAACAAACUAAAAAUUUUACCUAGAAGAUACCUUGUCAAUAUACAUAUAAAAGGGAAACACAAAUAUUUAUCUGAGGAAUAGAGAUGUUAAUUACAACAUGCAUUAAUUGUCCAGCUUAUAGCUAUACUAUACCUACACAUGUACAAACUGAAGUUCAUGAACAUUGCACAUGUGUGCAAUGUUCAUGUCAUUUGGAUGAGUGUGUGUUCUCAUACACAAACAGGCAAGGCUUUCUCUAGAUUUAGUAUUUAGACUGGAGACUUAAAUCUUUCUUUUUUAUUGGCCUGAGUAUAAAUAAUGUAAAACAUUGGAUGGUUGAUUAAUGCACAAAUCAUAAUUUACAAUUAGUCUGUUAAAGCAAGGUAUCAAAUUAAAUUCAUGUUAAGUAAGACAAAUAUAUGGAAACAAUGAUAAAUAGUAAAAUUAGCAAGAAUACACCAAUUACAUUGUAAGUAAAAGCGUAACAAUUAUAAUUAGCAACAUUGGAGUUUGGUUUGAUACCAUGCGUAAAUUUAUUUACAUGUGUGCUAAUGAGAAAUCAUAAAUUGAUACAUCACUGAAUAAGUGUUGAAGUUACAUUUCAGUUUGUGACAAUGGUAAUCUCAAAAUUAUGAAGCAAGGACCAUGACAUUUCUGUCUCUACAAUUAUUGAUCAACAUUUUAUUGUAAUUGAUUUUUAUCAUCGUGACAUUUACGAGUAUGUCUAAGUGUAUCAUAAUGUGGGCACAUAAAACCUAUAUUAGUAUAAAAGUGGAAGUCAAAUUGAAAGUAUGUUUGUGAAUAUUUGUGUGAGUCCAAGAGUGAAUAUUGUGGACGCUAGUACGUUUUCAUACAUUUGUAAGCUCGCACAAAAUCAAUUUCGUUUGACUUUCACGUAUUGAUAUUGUCUCUUUAAUUAAUUUUCAUCAUAUAAUCGUACACCUAUUUAUUAUUACCAUUUAAGUAAUUUAUAAAAAAAAAUUCAUCGUAACAUAAUUUAUUGUCAUAAUCGUAAUAGAAUUAUUAGAUUUCAUUUUGAUUAUAUUUAAUAUAUAUUUAUAGUGUAAGUUCAAAAUUAGUUCUGUAUCCACUACUCAGUAAUGGCAAUCACUCAUUAUUUGUAUUGUUCCAAUCCUCUUUCACAUUAUAAAUUACAAUUAUUUCUUAGCAGAUUACAAUUAAAUCUGUUGGAUUUAUUGUAAUUAAAUGUGUAUUUAGUAUCGAAUAUUCGUAACUUCAUUAAAAUAAAUAGUUAAAUUAAUUCAUAGAUAAAUGCAUAUCAUAAUUAACUGAAACACAAGAGGCGAGAUAUUCCCAAUAGAUGGCUUGUAUAAUGCAUUUUAAAUUAAGUAUUUUGUUUAAUUAAUUUCUACUUUAAGGAUAAAUGUUUCAUUAAGAUUUAUUUAUUUUUAUUGUACUUAAAAUACGCGAAACUAGUCACUUGUAAUUUUGCGCAACAUAAAAUUUUUAAGUACCUAAUACAUAAGUAAUUUAUAUUAGAGAAAAUGGAAACUGUGUUCUUUAAUUUAAAAAAGUAUGUGUAGUUUAGGUUUUUUGGUUUAAAUUAUGUUGGUGUGGUGUUUGUUUGUCUUAAGUGUAACAUUACGAAGCACACAAUACAUUAUGUAAAUUGAUACGGUGUGUACAGACACUAGUCAGAUGGUAGGGCUUACCUCCGAGUUAAGGUGUUUCGGUUUGAAGUUGACAUGUUUGUAAGUGGUAUUCUUAAUUAUUGCUAUAUUAGGUGCGAGUCUUUGUCUUCUAAUACUAGCUCUAUCUACGAUAUAAUUAGCAGUGAUAUGACGUGUGUGGUGGAGAGCUCUUCUUAUUAUAUUGUUUAUGCUAAUUUUAAAUCAAUAUCGUUCAUGCAAUGCCAGCCUCUGUGGAGCCAACCAUAAGCUAGCUGCUUAUUUGAAGGAUGUGGGUUCUAUUCCCCCCACAGAUGUUUCUGUAAACAUCAAAUAUUCGAAUAUGCGAAUUGCGGAACCUAAAGUGGCUAUCGUUCUAUACGGAUGUAAAAAAUGUGUACUUACUUAUUUAAGCGUAUUUAGUAAAUAUCGGAGUUGACUGUUUCAUAGUUCGCGGGUGAAUGAAUAGACAAAUUUAAAGUAGCAAAUUUUUUAAUUUUAUUUUACAAGACAUGCCAAAGGAAAAAGGGCAUUUAUUAUAGAUUUACAAAAUUACUAAGACGUUUGCAACAGGGUCAUUGAUUCCUUUUUUUAAAUACAUUUUCAAUAAUGUAUGUUAUCCUAAAUCUAACGGAAGAAUUUUAAAAUUAACUUUUAAAUAAGUUAUAAAGCUAAAAGCAAACUGUGACGUCACCAAAUGUCACCAACACUGCUUUCGCCAUAAAUAGAUAGUGCAAAACCCCACCACAGCCCCACUUUUACUCUCAACAAUAUUUCAAAUAUAAAUAAUUGCUUCUUUUUCGACGAAUUUUGAUGUUAAUUUCACAGUAGAAUUUCCUUUUCGUAUUUUUUUUUUCACAUAUAAAAAAAUGAAAAAGAAACACAUUUGGGAAGCUACUCUAGUAUACAGUUUAUUAGACUAGAAACACUAAAAGAGUACCUACUCGUGAAACAAGGAUUGCUAAAUCCGGAUUUCUUCGGAAUGUACUUACGGACAUAACUUUCUCUUGUAUAUACAUAUUUAUGCAUCAAACACCUUAAUUGUGAAUACGCUUAAAGAAUUUAUAACCGCCAUUCUUAAGAAUGAAUAUUAAGCUGAGGUCACACGGGCCUUAAAUUUGUAUAAGUCGAAUUUAUUCUGCAUUCUAUUUCAAACUAUGCUUUAGAUAAUCGCAUGCAUGGGCAAAUUUUCAACGAUUGACAUAAUAUGUAGGUGAUUUCCGUAUAAAAUGUUCAAUUAUGAACUAUAUAUUUGGAAGGCGGAAACUUUGGCAUGCAGGCAUCCAUAAAAACGACUUUACAAAGUUUUUCCCAAGAAGAUAUUACGAGGCGGGAGCUUUGUAUGCAGCACGAUAAAUCCAUUGCAGCGUAAUUGUUGCGCGACUCAAACGCCCGUCUGACUUCGGCUUUACUUAAACAAUCUUACAUUCUGCCCGUCCUUGACUUUCACAUAUAAGGAACGAAAGGCGUGGCUCGCGAUUUAUCGUAGUUUAGAUUAGUUCUCAAGGGCUUGGAUGAGUUUGAUAUAGGGGUAUGGUAUCGUUAUUACUAUCCGUCGUAAUGUUCCUAGAAUUAUAUCAAGAUGUUUGGGCAAAUUCCAGGCGGAAGUCGGUCAGGACACUUUCACCUCUCACUAUCUUAUCCAUAUCUCUGUCUUCUUUAGUGUUAUAAAGUCCAAAGCCUCGCCUAACACCUUUAAAAAGUUAUUACAUCAGAAAGUGUUAGAUAACAGUCUCCCAACACUGUCACUGAGUAAUGGUAUUUUUAAUGUCUAAUGUUUAUCUAGCCGUAUUGAAGCUAUUUGAAGUUAGUUAGAUUAUUUUUGUCUCUGAAUCCUUUUACUUAAUUCUAAGACUGAUCACUAGUCACGAAAUCGAUAGAUUUCAGUCUCUAUUGACAAGAAUUUUAUUACUGAUACUACGAUGAAAGGUUGAUCUUGUCAACGUCUAGGGUUCAGAAAUUUAUCUGAUCUGUCAUUUUGCUGUUUAGAAUAGCCCGAGACGACAAAGAGCAGGAGAUGUAGAAGUCUGUUUUAGCUACAUGUGGGAUCCCUUUUAAUAAUAUUGUAGAAAAACUAAGAAUUUAUAUUAUACUAGUUUCGCUCAUUUUUCGCUAUAGUCUAUGUCUACGCAUGAAUCUCAUUUUUACUGUAUAGUGUUUAUCUAAGAUUACUUGUAACGUGUAGGUAGAUGUUUUAUUAUAAAUUUAAUGAAAUCCUAUUUAUACAGCGUCAAUAAGUUGAUUAAUAGGAAAAUUGGUAUUCUUACUACUCUGCGAGCUUGGAUUGGACUUCGAAAGAUGUUUUUCUAAGAGUUUCUGCCUUUCUGGCUUCAUAUAGAUAACUGGAUAUCUCCUCGAGAUGUAAACGGAAGAUUUGUAAGAUUGAAAUCUAAUAUAGCUUCAGAGAGGCAAGAAUACACGAGCACAAAAGUGUCAACUUCAAAUCCAAUAUUAUGCAAUUAUUAUAAUAGUGUAUGUUGUGACGUCCUAAAUUGAGGUUAUGAAAUAAUACGCUUGCUUCUCCACCGAAAAACAAUAAAAUUGGUACCACUACACACCUGACCCAUCGUCGAUGUUUUUUUUAUGCAUUUUGUGUUCUCUGUGUUCUUUUUAGAAUAGUUUCUGUUUAUUUAUAAAAAUAGUAACGAAAUACUAACAUUUUUUUUCUUUAUUUAAUUGAUUUGUCCCUGUUUUUUAGUCUCGCUUCGGGCAGGUUGGGGUAUUACGGUUAUGGCCUAGGAUGUAGCUAGUGUUUAUAAGACAGAGUACAAAUCGCCGAUAAUGUAUGAAAUGAAGCGUUUGGCUUACUUACAUAUAAUUUUUGAAAUGUCAACGAAUAUAAUCAGACGUAGGAGAUACCGAUAUAAUAGAAAUUAAAUAUUGACCUUAGCAAUAAUAUGUAUAAA